CACGGAGGUUCUGUACUGCAUAUUGUGCAUAUUUAUAGAGGCGGUGCCGGGAGAGCCGGGGCGUCCCUGAGCCCGCAGUCCCCGGUCAUGGAGCGGCCGGCGCCCUUGGCCGUGCUGCCCUUCUCCGAUCCCGCGCACGCCCUGAGCCUGCUGCGCGGCUUGAGUCAGCUGCGCGCCGAGCGCAAGUUCCUGGAUGUGACCCUGGAGGCGGCGGGCGGCCGAGACUUCCCCGCGCACCGCGCCGUACUAGCGGCCGCUAGUCCCUACUUCCGCGCCAUGUUCGCGGGGCAGCUGCGCGAGAGCCGCGCCGAGCGCGUGCGCCUGCACGGGGUGCCGCCCGACAUGCUGCAACUGCUCCUGGACUUCAGCUACACGGGCAGAGUGGCCGUGAGCGGCGACAACGCCGAGCCGCUACUGCGCGCCGCGGACCUGCUGCAGUUCCCCGCCGUGAAGGAGGCGUGCGGCGCCUUCCUGCAGCAGCAGCUCGACCUGGCCAACUGCCUGGACAUGCAGGACUUUGCCGAGGCCUUCAGCUGCUCGGGGCUGGCUAGCGCGGCGCAGCGCUUCAUCCUGCGCCACGUGGGCGAGCUGGGCGCGGAACAUUGCCUGCGCCUGCUGCGCGAGGCCCGCGACUUCCAGGCGGCACGCUACGACCGACACGACCGCGGGCCCUGCCCCCGCAUGCGUCCGCGCCCGUCCACCGGCCUAGCGGAGAUCCUGGUGCUGGUGGGAGGUUGCGACCAGGACUGCGACGAGUUGGUCACCGUCGAUUGCUACAAUCCGCAGACAGGCCAGUGGCGCUACCUGGCCGAGUUCCCCGACCACUUAGGCGGGGGCUACAGCAUCGUGGCGCUGGGCAAUGACAUCUACGUGACGGGCGGGUCUGAUGGCUCCCGGCUCUAUGACUGCGUGUGGCGAUACAACUCAAGUGUGAACGAGUGGACAGAGGUGGCACCCAUGCUCAAGGCCCGAGAGUACCACAGCUCUUCCGUACUGGACGGGCUACUGUACGUGGUGGCAGCCGACAGCACGGAGCGCUAUGACCACACCACUGACUCCUGGGAGGCUCUGCAGCCUAUGACCUACCCCAUGGACAACUGCUCCACCACCGCCUGCCGAGGCCGGCUAUACGCCAUCGGCUCCCUGGCGGGCAAGGAGACCAUGGUGAUACAAUGCUAUGACCCAGACACUGACCUGUGGUCACUGGUGGACUGUGGCCAGCUCCCACCUUGGUCCUUUGCACCCAAGACUGUGACUCUGAAUGGACUCAUGUACUUCGUCAGGGACGACUCUGCCGAGGUGGAUGUAUACAGCCCCUCCAAGAAUGAAUGGGAUAAGAUCCCGUCUAUGAAUCAGGUACAUGUCGGGGGCAGCCUGGCCGUCCUGGGAGGCAAGCUCUAUGUCUCUGGGGGAUAUGACAAUACUUUUGAACUCUCGGACGUGGUGGAGGCGUAUGACCCAGAGACCCGGGCAUGGAGUGUGGUGGGGCGGCUUCCGGAGCCCACCUUCUGGCAUGGCAGCGUGAGCAUCUUCCGCCAGUUCAUGCCACAGACACCAGCAGGGGGCCGUGGCUUUGAGCUGAAUAGUGGCAGCAGUGACAUGGAUGCAGGCCGCCACAGGCUGCCUCAGAACCCUGACGAGCUGCACUAGCCCAGGCCUGGCCCAAGAGAGGGCCUUUGUACAAGGGGCCUGGCACCUACAGAGGAGCGGCCUCUCCUUUUUGCACAUGAACCGGAGCAGUGGCUCCUGGCUGCUGAGUCAGCCCCUAGAGGCAUUGGGUGACGGUUCCUAUACACUCGGAGCCUGUGUCACAGCUUCUAGGGAAGCUGAUAGUGACCUGUGUGUGUGGUCAAGAACAUGUAUCUCUGCCUUCCAGAAGUUACCUCCAGCUUGUAGUAUCCAACUCACCGUGCCGUGUGCCUCUCCUUGCUGCCACUUCCUGGGUCUGCUUGAUCCCAGAGCAGAAAGCAGGGUCCCUAUGACAGAAAGUGGCCUGGCCUGGAACACUGGAGACCCAGGAAGACAAAGGCCACAACAGAGAGCUUAACUCACAUCUAGAGCCAGUGCUGCAGGUCCAAGGAGCCGUCUGUUCACCUAGCUUCGCACUUCUCUUAGACUCACCAGACUGCAGGGUAGGCUUUCAGGAGUUGAGGACUGACUGAGCUGGGGGAUUAAGCCACAGUGUGAGCUUGAAGGGGUCUGUUUACAUAGUACCUGCUCUGUCCUGGCCAGGAGGCCCUCCCUGGGGCUCUGUCCCAAACCUGCAGAGGUGAGGCUAGAGAAGACUGUGCCUCCUCGAGACUCUCACUGGUCCUUGGCUGAGUGGACAGAUACUGGGCCUGGGAGUGACUCCUGCUUCUAAAGGAAGCGGAGCGGGGCAGCCCCAGCACUUGGGUCGAGGUUUGAAAUGCUUGAGGUUUGAACUCGAAAAGUAGAGGAAUUGGGAGAAGAGACAAGUGGCCCUGUCUGACUUGAAGAUGUACAGGUCACCGUUGUUAGACUUUUCCUGCCAUCGUGUGGGAAACAUAGGAUGUCUGAGAGCUCAGGCCCAGGUGCGUGACUAGCGGGACCCCUGACCUUGAGUGGUUUUGUGGGUUUGGGGACUGAAACCAUUCAAGAUACCCAGAGGUCUCUCUGCUGGAGUUUGUCGUCAUGUCUCUUUGUGGGGAAGAGGACAUUAGGACUGUCACGUUAGAGACAAAGCCGAGGUUCAGGGUGCGCUGGUGAACUUGGCUGGCGGAUGAGGCUCCAGGAACGGAGUGCCCCCAUCACACACCACAGUCGUCUUCUUGGCCAAGUGGCCGAGGAGGCUGCCUUAAUUUCCCUGGCACCUACCUUCUUCCUGUUUGGUGCCAUGCACUGCAGAGGUCAUCCUGUUUGGUUUGAAAUCCAUGUUUCUAAAAUGUUCUGCCUGGCGCCUGACCCUGGGGAAGACUGAGUAUGGGGCAGUGCUGUCCCAGCCCAGGCCCACUGAUGCCCUAGGGCUCCUGUAGGGUGUGCAACUGUGCUUUCUGUCCCCUGGUGCUGUCAGCCGAGCCCUCUAGUGCCUCUCUUCCCUCUUGGCCUAGUAAACUCUUUCCGUGAGCCUUAAAAGCUGCCACCCAGAGGUGUUGAUGCUCCAUGGGGUGCCUUGGCAUGUCAGGGUGAAAUCCUGUGUAUUGGGAACUAAGCUCAGUGCUGGGGAAAGUGUGCCACCACUGUCAGGUCCUUUGGGGACAGGCUAGGGGCUUCCCGGGGGAAGAGCUGCACUGCCGCACUCCUGUGACUGCAGUGACUCCUGCCUUAUCGUGCACCCUUGCGCAGGGCCCCUCUGCCCACUCCCAGAGAUACUCAGGUUUGCACAUCACGACCCACGUCUGGGUAGGCACUCACUGUGGUCCUCCCACUAGGAGUCCAGAACAGUCCCUCCCUCAGCUUCACCUUUGCCACGGGCUCUGGGCUGUAACCCAUCACUUGACACAAUGGCUACACUAACAGGGAUGAAAGCUGGGAUACCUGGGUAUGGGAUUGAUUGUCCCUGUCACAUGUAUAAAGCUUUUAUAUGUCAGGAUAAAAUUAAGUUAUGAAAAGUUCUGUGCCUGGUAUUUGCUGAUCUAUAAGGUAUUUCUUAUAUUUAUGACUUCAGAGACUUGUGUAAUGAGGUCACCUUCCUUAGGUGACCAGCAUUCAGUCACACCAGUGGCUGGGGCAGAUUUGUGUAUUUAUUUCUGUCUACUCUCUAGACUUCUGUGUCCAUCAUUCUAAGGUUUUCGGAUGCUCCCCUAUUUUUUGAAAUAAAAUGUUUCCUACA